AUGUUGCGAACGUCGAUUCGAUCCGUGAGGGUGCUCGGCCACAGACCUGCCGCGUCCGUCGUCGGUCGCCAAUGGCAGGCCGCCGCCGUUCGCCGGAGGCACUUUGCCGACGACAAGAAGCCCGUCGACCCGUCCAAACCCGCCGUCCUGCCCGCGUCGGAGACCAUCACGGCUGAGAAGGCCGCCGCUCCCGAGAUCACCGCCGCCGCCGCCGCCGCCGAGUCCGCGAUCCCCAAGAACGAGGUCCCCCUCGCCCCACCGACCCCCAAAACCGAGACUGUCGUGCCUCCUCCGCCUCCCCAGACACCCGCGGCCGCCGCCCCCAAGAAGAAGGGCUUCUUCCGCAGGUUGAGGAACCUCGUCCUGACCCUCGCCGUCCUCGGCGCCGUCGGUUUCGGCGGCGGCGUCUGGUACUCCCGCCUCAACGACAGCUUCCACGACUUCUUCACCGAGUAUGUUCCCUUCGGAGAGCAGGCCGUCCUCUACUUUGAGGAGAUGGACUUCCGCAAGCGGUUCCCCACCAUCUCGAACAAGAUCAAGCCCAGAGACACGGGCAGCCAGGUCAAGGUCCCCGCCCAGAGCGGCGCGUCCUGGAGGGUAGCCGACAGCGGCGAGCCCGCCGGCCGCCAGUCCAGCGCCGUCGACAAGGCCGCCGCCAAGGUCGUCGCCGUCAAGAAGGAGGAGAAGCCCGUCGAGAAGCCCAAGGCCCGCGAGACCAAGGUCAAGGCCGCGCCCGUCGAGGCCAAGCCCGUCGUCGCGGCCAAGGAGGAGACGACCGAGUUCAAGGCCCCCGAGGUCAACGAGCCCUCGCGCUUCCCCCCGAUCCCGCCGAUCGACGCCAUCAACAUCGAGGACGCGACGGAGCCGGUCGUCCAGGACCUCGUCCGCAUGCUCAACGACAUCAUCACCGUGAUCAACGCCGACAAGGCCCACGGCCGCUACUCGCCGACCAUCUCCAAGGCCAAGAACGAGCUGAGCAAGGUCGGAAGCAAGAUCAAGGCCAUCAAGUCCUCGGUCGAGGAGAAGGCCGCCGCCGAGGUCCAGGCCAAGGUCGCCGACUUCGACAAGGCCGCCAACGACCUGAUCGCCCGCGUCGAGGGCGCCAUGGUCUCCCAGGAGGCCCAGUGGAGGAAGGAGUUCGAGUCGGAGAUGCAAAAGGUCAAGGAGAGCUACGACGCGCGCACCAAGCUGCUGCUGGAGCGCGAGAAGCAGCUCAACGAGGAGCGCCUCAACAACCAGCUCCUCGAGCAGGCCCUCGCCCUGAAGAAGGAGUUCGUCGCCGAGGUCGAGAACCACGUCGAGUCCGAGCGCGAGGGCCGCCUGGGCAAGCUGGAGAAGCUCUCGUCCGCGGUCGCCGACCUCGAGAAGCUCACGACGGGAUGGAACGAGGUCGUCGACACCAACCUCCGCACGCAGCAGCUCCACGUGGCCGUCGACGCCGUCCGCGCCAGCCUGGAGAACGCGGCGCACCCCCGCCCCUUCACCCGCGAGCUCGUCGCCCUCAAGGAGAUCGCGGCGGACGACCCGGUCGUCAACGCCGCCAUCGCCUCCAUCAACCCGUCGGCGUACCAGCGCGGGCUGUCCAACGCGGCGCAGCUGAUUGACAGGUUCAGGUCGGUCGCCGGCGAGGUGCGCAAGGCCUCGCUGCUGCCGGACGACGCCGGCGUCGCCAGCCACGCGUCGAGCUACCUCCUCAGCAAGGUCAUGUUCAAGAAGCAGGGCCUGGCCGACGGCAACGACGUCGAGAGCAUCCUGACGCGCACGCAGACGCUGCUGGAGGAGGGCAACCUGGACGCCGCCGCCCGCGAGAUGAACGGCCUGCAGGGCUGGGCCAAGACGCUGAGCAGAGACUGGCUCGGCGAGGUGAGGAAGGUUUUGGAGGUUCAGCAGGCACUCGAUGUCAUCGCGACCGAGGCGCGUCUGCAAAGCCUCAAGGACGCCGUCGACGCGCUCAACACGCUGCAGACGCCCUUCGCCGUCAUCGAGGCGCGGCGCAAGGCCGGCGUCAGGCCGGACGAGGCCUCCAUCAAGGAGAUGAGGGCUUACCUGGCGCGGAUCGGGUACACGACAUCCGACCUCGACGCCCUCAACGUGAUCCACGUCGCCGGCACAAAGGGCAAAGGCAGCACCUGCGCCUUCACGGACUCCAUCCUCUCCCACCACGCCGCCCUCUCCCCCUCCCUCCAACCCGCCAAGAUCGGCCUCCUCAUCUCCCCGCACCUCAUCGCCGUCCGCGAGCGCAUCCGCAUCAACGGCGCCCCGCUCUCCGAGGCCCUCUUCGCGCGCUACUUCUUCGAGGUCUGGGACCGGCUGGGCGCGUCUACGGAAAUGGAGGACGUCGUCGCGCUCGGCACCCGCCCGAUUUACUCGAGAUAUCUGACGCUCGUGAGUUACCACGCGUUCGUGCAGGAGGGCGUCGACUGCGCGAUUUUAGAGACCGGGAUCGGCGGGGAGUAUGAUGCUACGAAUCUCGUGGGGAGACCCGUCGCGACGGGGAUCACGACGUUGGGGAUCGACCACGUCUUCGCGCUGGGGGAUACCGUGGGGAAGAUUGCGUGGCACAAGGCGGGGAUCAUGAAGGUCGGGAGUCCGGCGUUCACGGUCGAGCAGGUGCCGGAGGCGCGGGCCGUGCUGGAGGAGAGGGCGCGGGAGAAGGGGGUGACUUUGGAGGUCGUCGGGGUGGACGCGAGGUUGGAGGGGGUGCGGAUCCGGCCCGACGCCGUGUUCCAGCGGCGGAACGCGAGUCUGGCGAUCAGGCUCGCCGAGAGCGUUUUGCGGAAGCUGGACCCGGGGUUCGUGGUUGACGAGGAGAAGCUCCCGCCCGCGUUCGUGCGGGGGUUGGAGGAGGUCGUGUGGAGGGGCCGGUGCGAGGUCAAGGACGAGGGGAGGAUCGUGUGGUUCGUCGACGGGGCGCAUACGACGGAUAGUCUGAGGAUGGCGGGGCGGUGGUUUGCCGGGGAGACGCGGGGGAGGACGGGGCCGAGGGUGCUCGUGUUCAAUCAGCAGGGCCGCAGCGAGGCGAUUGACUUCCUGGACGGGGUGUACGAGGCCGUGGAGAGGGAGGGGAGGGGGUUCGAGAGCGUGGUGUUUUGUACGAAUGUCACGUACAAGCAGACGGGGUACAAGCGAGACUUCGUGAAUCACCAGUACGACAGCAAGGCCAUUGAGGCCAUGACGGUGCAGAAGCAGUUCGCGGAGCGGUGGAGGGAGCUGGAUCCGCGGGCCGAUGUGAGGGUGAUCCCGACGAUCGAGGAGGCGCUGGAGCAUGUGAGGGGUCUGGCGGGGGGUGUGAAGGAGGAGGACGGGGAGAGCGUGCAGGCUUUCGUGACGGGGAGUCUGCAUCUCGUGGGCGGCGCGUUGCAGAUCUUGGAGGGGGCGGAUGCUCUUUGA